AUGGCUGCAAUUCAAGAUGAGGGCGAGUACAAUUUGCAGGAGGCAUGGGACAAGGCUUGCGCGUCCUUUGCGCAGACAACCAAAGUCGACCUCACUACAACCCCGAAAUUCUCUGUCGACGAAGUUCUGGAUCAAAUUCGUGGGAAGCAAGAUGACGAUGAUGAGAAAAAUAACAAGUACAGAGCUGCAAAGGAUGCGAUUGGAAAGACAUUGAAAUUUGUCAUGCUUCUAGGUGGAAUCGCUGCCCAGGGUGCAAGCAUGGUAUUUGCGCCCGCUGGUCUCUGCUUCAAUGCAAUUUCAUAUCUGGUUGACACUGGAGCGAGAUUCAAACGCAUUUUCAGCAGCCUGGCAGAGCUGUUCAGCCGCAUCUCCGACGUGCUAGAGCGCUGCAAAAUCUAUAUGCGGUUGCCCGCGGACGCGGUUGACGUCGCUCUUCGCAAGAUUAUCAAUGAGGAGCUAUUGUGUUUUGUCGACAUUUGUGCGUUGUCGAUUAAGGUUCUCAAGGGACACAAGGUCUUCAUCGCGCUCAAGGUAUUUGCCUUCGACGGCGACGAAGGCGUGAGCGGCCAGCUGGCUCGCCUGGCCACCCUAGUUGAGCGCGAGUCUCAGAUGCGGGCAACCCUAGGGUUUGAGUCGCAGAAGAUGAGCGAAAGAAAUAUUAUUGAGAACAGAGAUGGCACCAGAAAGAUCAAUGUGACAGUGGAUAAGCUGCUCAACUUUGAGAAGAAGAGAGAUGCAGACACCGCCUCAAAGAAGCUCCUGAAGGAUAUCGAUUCCAGCCUCGACAAACCUAGCGAGGCUUUCCAAGUCGUUCAAACGACACUCCGACGUCUCUUGGGUGACCAAGUUCAAGGGAGUGGAGAGUGGCUUCGGAAUGAUCCACUGUAUACGGUGUGGGCAACCCCCGAAAAUUCGCCGUUUUCUGUCUUUGGUAUCUCCGGAGACGAGGGACAUGGCAAAUCAUUCCUCUUUGCGACCAUCGUCAAACAGCUACAAGAAGCACAACCACAGUCUGAAAAUGAUAUGAGGUGCACUUCCACUGCCUACCACAUCUUUGACAAAGAUAAACAACAAAUAUCCUUGGUCCAGGCCCUGAAGGUCCUCGCGUGGCAGGUCGCCGACCAAGAUAUCGUUUACCGCAAAGAUGUGAGCACCGUGAAAGCAACGGGUAUCAACCAGAUAGGGAAUCUUUGGGACAUUCUCUUUUCCAAGUCAUACAAGAGCGAUUCAACCAUCUUCCUCCUCCUGGAUGGCAUCGACCAGAUAGAGAAGAGCGAACUCAAGGAGUUCAUCCAGGUUUUGGAGGGAUUACAGGCUACCUCUAGAGCCUGGUCACAGUUCAAGCUCCGGAUUGCUGUCACUGGGCGCAAUGAGACAAUGAGCAAGCUAAAAGGUCAGCUUGGAGAAGGAAUAUCAACAAUUGGUGUGACAUCCGAAAACAACGAUGACGUAGAGAAGUUCAUUGUUGACCGCAUGAACAAGAUGGAGAUUCUGAGCGGCUCGUCGGAGCAGGUACUUUCUCUUCGAUACGACAUCUUAGAAAAUUUGAAGACUCAGACCCAUGGGGAUUUUGUCAAUAUCGGCCUUCUGCUGUACGAGAUUAGCGGGAAGCAGCGUCCUGGUGAGAUCAGGGAUAUUUUAUCCCGCUCAGGAGGAAAGCGAUCCGACACUAUAAUGAGAAGGAUGGAACUCCUGAACGAAACACUUAGCGAAGAGGACAUCUCUGACCUAAACAUUCUCCUCACAUGGGCUAUCUUUAGCACUUGCCCUUGGUCACGAACUCUGGAAGACCUGGAGGGAGUCCUCUACCUGAAGGCUGGGGAAUCUUCCCUCCGGCCUUUGGCGGAAAAGAUAACUGACCAAUAUUCCUCCCUCCUCCUGAUCAUUGGAGAGCCGCAUCCCAUAACUAAGAUAAUCCCCAAGACUUCAUACGUUGAGAUAGUCUCUGGCUCAAUAGAGGAGUUCAUACGAAACAGGGAUGAGUUCGAUAACCCUGAAGACGCCCCGGACCUAGACCUUACUGGCGAUAUCAGCGAAGUCGAAGUCAGGAUUGUCCGUCGGUUCUUGGAGUCUGUCUGCGAUCCCAAGCUGUUCGCCAAAUUCGGAUUCGAAGAGUUCUUCCAGCGGAAGCUCAAAGGGAAGACGGCCCUAGUCGGAGUUAACGUCGACACUGCUCACUUGAGUAUCCUUUCAACAUGCUUAGAAGUCAUCCACCACCCGGGAAGCCCAGAGUUAGACUCGCUGCUCAGGUACGCGUCUUACUAUUUCGCCGACCAUCUUGAACAAGCGGACCCUUCAUUGACACAACCACAACACAAGACGGCUCUUGGCCCGCAGCUGGUCAGUCUCUUUACGGACGAAGAGACGAUUAAAAAAUGGUGGAACCCGAGCGACGCGUGGCUACGGCAUAAUUGGAUUCACGGGGACGAAUAUGCUGAAGUUGCGUUGAAGUGGCUUCAAGACUCUGCAGUCACUAAAAACCUCCCUGAUGGUCAAAGCAUAUGGGUGAAAAGUUUGAGUUCCAAGUCCGAGCCUGAUGCAGAUAUUCUGGAGCACAUUGCUAAAUUUACCGCCCGUCUCUGGUUGCAACCGGAGCCUGGUGCAAACGAUCCUUUCUAUUGCUUCGCUGUAAUUCAUGGAUAUCUCACAAAGAUCGAGAACCGCAAAAAUCCCGAAAUCAAAAGAUCAAUCGAUCUCUCAAGGCCCGAAACUAUCGACGCAUCCAAAAUCUCCGACGCCGCUGAAUGGGCUCGACAGAAGCUUGGACUAGAUAGCCUAGGAUACGAGGAGACCCGCAAUCUAGCGCGCACAUUCAGAGAGUACGAUAAAUUCGCUGAGGCCAUUGAACAUUUCAAACUCUCGUGCUCUCUCCAGGAGUACAACUGGCUCUCGCAAUGGGGUCUUUCGGCCGUAUAUGCCUACCAGGAGGAGUACGCGCUUGCGAUUGAGACGCUAGAGGCCGCCAAAAAUACAAUCAAGUGUCGUGAGACACGCGAGGAUGAUAUCGAGUUGGUAGGGCUGGACCGCGAUAUUGCUGUGUACAACGAGAAGUUGGGUAAUAGUGACAAGGCGUUUGCGAUAUACGAGGAAAUGCUACGGAAUGACCCGAGUGACUAUGACGCGGCGUUGGGGAUGAUGAUACAAUUCCACAAAACCAAGAACUCGGAGGGCCUACUCAAAUUCCUUGAUUCACUCAAGGCCUCCAUAGACGAUUCAACCGGUCUAGACAGGCGGACGCAGACGUUCCACGAGCACUACGACAAGGACGAGUAUCACGAGGCAAUCCUCGGUCUGGUGUCCGACAGCAAGACCUUUGAUGCUAUCUUUGAAAGCUAUCAGGAAGCCAUCGUUGCCGCUAAAGAGCAGCUCAUCAAGGCGGCUAAUAAGGGCGCCAUUGACGAGGAAGCAUUCCAUCGGGCCUGCCAAGCGCUUCUGAUGCAUAAUCUUGCGCUUCUUUGCUACGAUAAUGGCUCUGAGAACGUUGAACGGAGGGAAUUUGCCAUCGAACAGUGGGUACGCGUUCUGCAGAUUGACGAAAUUCGCCACGAGACGUUUGUCUCAAUCGCGAAAGGCUCGGUCUGUACAAAAAUGGCGAACGUAUUUUUCCAUGAGGCGAUGCGGGACCCAAGCAACGCCGCUACCUAUCUGGACCAGUUGGAGCAGUUGGCCACAUACAAGCCCACAUAUGUCGACGACUUCAGGCGCUCUACAGCCUACUCCUCAGAACUUGUCGCACGAUACCACGCGCUUCAAGGCGACCAACACAAGGCCAAAGAUGCCCUGCGCAUACAUGUCAAACGCAAUCUCGACCUUCUCUCUGACGAUGAUCCGUCGAAUGACUGGCAGGGAUAUCUGGGCUUGGCAAGACAUCUCAUGUUCGCGGGCCAUGACGCAGACUGCCUCGCCGCUUGGUCGUUGAUUGUUCCAUAUGACGAGGGAGAGAUCAGUCCAGAGGAAUCGGAGACCGAGACAACAUUGCAAGAGCUCAACGGGCCCAUGUGGGAACACUGUGAAGGCUGCAGGACUCGUAUCACGUACGCAAAUAAUAUCUAUAUGUGCAGGGAGUGCGACUAUACGCACUUUGAUGAGCCCUGUUACACCAAGCUACGUGAAGGAACCCUCAAAAAAAGGAUCUGUAACAAGGACCACGAAAUGCUACAUGUCCCACCGUACGAUGCCACCAAGCGCCAGAGACUUGGUGAGGGUAACGUCCUGGUUGGUGAGGAGAUCAUCUCGGUCACCGAGUGGCUCCAGCGCAUCAAGGAGAAGUGGGAUAUUAAUUCGGCAUUGUAA